GGAUGACGUAUUAUUUGUGAGACAAGUUUACGUUGUGUUGUGUGUGUGAACACCGGGCGCAGCAGCGGUGAGAAAUACUAACGGCACUCUUAGUAAACCUUGUCAGUCAUUAAAUAAGGUAAUGUCACUAUUCAACAAUGAAAAUAAACUCGGCAGCAAAGGGCUAAGUUAAUCAGUCUGCUCGGUAGCUUACAGUUAGUGCACUCUGAAAGCGACACAUUAGCCAAAAGCUAAAUCUUAAGCAAGUUAGUGUUAAGGUUUAUUUACCUCUGAGCUUAACAUAAAUGUUUGUGUAGGGGGUGUCACAGGGCUGCUUUAGUUUAACAUACAUUGGGGUUAUACUGACUGACAAUGACAACCGGCUCAGUUAUUCCGAGUUAACGGCAGCAAAGCUAGCUAACAUUAGCUAAAGGACUUAUGGGAGGUGAUGCCUGUCAUCAGACAGUAGGUUAUAAUCGGCGUUAAUUAUUUGUCACAAGUUGUUUAAAUGUUGGUAUUGUGAUCUUGUUUGAUCGUUGGAGUCUUGUCGUGCCAGUGCAGUUUUACACUCGGUAACUUUUAUGCGAUUUCCAUUGAAUUAGCUUUGACAAACGUGGUACUGACCACACGAUAUACAACUGAGUUCCUGGUGUUAUAUAUACAGAGGUUGGGAUAAUUCUGGGUUUCUUUUGUGGUGUGAUUAACGUAACCUGGCCUCAUCAUACCGGGGGGACGCAGACGGAGGAUGUCUGCUGCAGCUCUACGUUUGAUCCGCUGCCGGAGACUGAGCACAGCUGGUCCGCCUGGGGUGAAGAGAGUGCUUCAGUGGAAAGAUCUAAGGAAAUUUGCUAAAGUAACUGGCGCAGUUAUCUUGGGGAGCUGUAUUUUUAUUACAUACGAGGUUGUCGCCUUGGACAAGGCUGUGACCAUUGACACUAGUGCAAUUUUCCAGGAGAAGUACAAGUCUUACAUUUAUCUGAGAGCUAAGCCCUCAGAUGAAAAGGAGAACCUUACUGCAGGGCUUACACACAAAGCAAGGAGGGAACUUCACAAAGCAGCACGGAGGUUUCUGGAAAUAUCCUCCAGGCUUCUGCUCCAAUCACUAGAUGAGCACUUUAGCCACGUAGAUGCAGACCCACAUGAAGUGGCAUUAUGGGUCCUGCUGAAGAGGACACAGUCAGCCGAUAAAGACGUCAGACUGCAGGCUGUACAGGAGCUUGCAGAUAACCACCACUGGCAUGACUACCAGUACCAGACAGCAGCCCAGGUUAUAGACCAGAAAACUGCGGUGGGCCUAGCCCGGACUCCUCAGGUAGACUUGCGAUUCUUCCUACCCCCACCUGCGCUACCUGGUCUGGAAGAUGGUGCGUCAGCAGAGGAUGGACUGAGGCAGCUGCUGGCGUCUCUGCCUCUGUCUGAGGUCGACAAAUGUGUUCAGUACUUCACUUCACUGGCCCUCAGAGAGAGCACUCAGUCCAUGGCAGCACAGCGGGGUGGUCUUUGGUGCUUUGGUGGCACUGGGCUGCCUUACGCUCAAAGCCUCACCUCUGUUCCCUCAGAGAAGGUGGAAUCUUUCUGUCUACAGGCACUAGUUCAGCACUCAAAGGUCCAGAGCCACUGUGACCACAUAGUUUCCAACGGGGGCCUACAGCUCCUCCAGAGGGUUUAUCAGCUCCGCAGAGACUCCCUUAAGAUACAGAGGAACAUUGUUCGUAUCAUAGGAAACUUGGCGCUUAAUGAGAGUGUUCACCAGGCCAUAGCCCAGUCUGGCUGGGUAUCUGUCCUGGCCGAGAUGAUGCAGUCUCCUCAUGUCAUGCAGGCGUCUCAUGCAGCUCGCGCUCUGGCCAACCUGGAUAGGGAGUCGGUGAAAGAGAAAUACCAAGAUGGCGUCUACAUCCUCCAUCCACAAACACGUGGCAACCAGCCGAUCAAAGCAGAUGUACUGUUCAUCCAUGGGAUUCUAGGGGCAGCUUUUAAGACGUGGAGGCAGAAGGACCGCACAGAGGAAGAGGAGGCAACAGAAAGCAGGGAUGACUACACAGAGUGCUGGCCAAAGUCAUGGUUGGCUGCUGACUGUCCCAACCUGAGAGUACUGUCAGUGGAGUAUGACAGUCACCUCAGUGACUGGAUGGCCAAGUGUCCUGCCGAGAAUCAGAGGACGUCUUUGGCCUACAGAAGUCGAGAGCUGCUGAAGAAGUUAAAGCUGGCUGGGGUUGGAGAGAGGCCUGUGGUCUGGGUAGCCCACAGUAUGGGAGGAUUACUUGUGAAGAAAAUGCUGCUGGAUGCUGCAGAGGACCCAGAUAUGCACAGGCUGUUAAAAAACACCAAGGGCAUUAUGUUCUAUAGUGUUCCUCACCAUGGCACUUUUAUGGCCGAGUACUCGGUCAAUGUCAGAUAUCUCCUCUUUCCCUCUAUAGAAGUAAGGGAGCUUUGUAAAGACUCACCAGCACUGCGUAACCUGAAUGAGAACUUCCUGAACAUGGCAAAAGAAAAGGAAUUCAAGGUCCUGAGCUUUGCAGAGACGCUGCCAACAAACAUUGGUCCCAUGAUCAAGAUACUGGUGGUGCCAACACAAUCAGCAAAUCUUGGCAUCGGGGAGCUCAUCGAGGUGGAUGUAGAUCAUCUCAACAUCUGUAAGCCGGAGAAGAAGGACUCAUUCCUGUACAGACGCAGCCUCCAGUUCAUCCAGGAAGCGCUGCAGAGCUACAUCAGCCACUAACUGAAAUACAUGAACACAAACAAACUGAUAAAACCCUACUAUAUACUUGAAAUGGGGGAGAGCACUGUCACUCAUCCACACUCGAACCAAAUGGAAACAUAACUGCCUCUCCUUGUUGCACACUUUCAUGAACACCUACUAACUUGAUCAUAGUAUAAUUAGGGAGAUUAAACCAAUUACACAUUGAUCUGUGAAGAGUUGUCAGUUGCGAUGAUAUUUUGUUUACCCUGUCAUCCUCCUAGGUUUGGUCUCUCACUAGUCAAUGAAUUUUACAGAUUGUUUGGAUUUUUAAGACCAUAAUUAAUAUGUUUACAAGUUCAGAUGAUGAAAAUGUAUUUUAGCUUUUAUUUUUCUGGCAUUUUUUUUCCAUUUCAUCUCAACUUCAGCAGUAAACUUAGCUUAUGGUGCACAAUGCUCAUAGUGCUAUUUAGUUAAAAAUGCACUGACAUAUUGAUGCCUACUCUUGCACCUUACAUUUUUGACCAGAGCUAUAGUUUAAGAUUUUAUUUUUAUAUUUAUAUUUUACAUAUAUAUACUACAGUAUGACAGUCAUUGUGUGCCAAAACCUAUUCCUUCCUGAGCCUUACCUCAAAUGGACUCGUAUUAAAUUAGUUAAGAUUGCUUUAUUUAUUUGUAUGGGACUAAUCAAGCAAUUGGUUUUCAAUCUCCAUGUGUUUGUAGUCCAGACUGCCACUAGCAAUGCUGACAAUGAAUAAAUGUUGGAGGCUUUAUUUGA